CAGGCCUCCCGCGACAGGGAUUUCUCAGGCCUGGAAGCCGCGCUAGCAGCCCGGCCUCCUCCGCGGCGGCUGAGGCCUGCGUUAUGGAGACGGCGGCGAACUGUUCGUUGCGCGUCAAGCGGCUGCUGCUGGACCCCAGGUUCGAGGGCUACAAGCUGUCGUUGGAGCCGCUGGCCUGUUACCAAGUGGGGCUGGACUCGCCCGUAGCAGAAGUUAAACUGAGAGAUGAUCAGUAUACCUUGGAUCACAUGCGUGCCUUUGGCAUGUAUAAUUACCUACAUCUUGAUUCCUGGUACCAAGAUAAUGUUUAUUAUGUUGAUCAGCUUGGCAGAGUCAUGAAUUUAAGUGUUACUUUGGACACUGCCUUAAAAAAGCCAAGAGAAGUAUUCAGACUUCCUGCAGACUUAAUAGCUUGUGAUAAUCGUCUUUGUGCAUCACUACAUUUCACAUCUUCCACCUGGGUUACCCUUUCAGAUGGAACAGGAAGACUGUAUCUUGUUCGAACUGGCAAGCGGGAUGAUGGUUCUUGUGAAAAGUGGGAAAUAUUAUUCAGUGAAGAAUUUGAGACUCCCUUUAUUAUAGUCCACAGCAUAUCCUUUCUGCGGUCAGAUGCACAUUCAGUUGGUGUGCUGCUCUUACGAGUCGAAAAAGAUGAAUUGGAUGCACAAGGCAGUGGCUUUUAUGUCUCACUGGAGUGGGUUACAAUUGUGAAUACCGCUAAGGACGGUGAAGAAGUAUAUGAAGUAUCCAAACGUCGAGUGCUUCAAGGAAAAUCCGUUCCUCAUUAUGCAGCUCUAGAACCAGGUGGCAAUGGCCUGAUGGUUAUCUCUUACAAGCCCUAUACUCUUUUGCAGAAUGGUGAGACCAAGCAGGAUGAAAAUGAAAAGGAGAAAACAGAAAUAAACAAGAAAGAACCUCUGUACUACUGGCAGCAGACUGAAGAUCAUUUGACAGUCAUUUUCCGACUCCAUGAAAACUUUACCAAAGAGGAUAUACAUGUCAGCUUUUCUCCAAAUCAUCUCAGUGUAGCACUGAAAGACCCACAGUUUCCUAUACUGAAAGGUGACCUUUUCUCAUUGAUUGACCAUGAAAGCUCCACAUGGAUAAUUAAAGAAAAUAGAUUAGAGAUAAUUUUAAUUAAGAAGGAAGAAGAGAAGCAUUUAUGGCCAGAACUGAUCAUUGGUGACUCUCAGGGGGAAUUUAUUAUGGACUCAGCUCAAAGUGCCACAAUAGCUGAGCAGCUGAUGUAUCUUACCUCUGAUGAAAUGAAUCCAGAUCCUAAUAAAGAAAAUCCUCCAUGUAAUGCUCAGGAGCUAGAAGAAUGUGACAUUUUCCUUGAAGAUAGCACAAGUUUGUGUAGAUUUGAUGGUGAUACCAUGAAGAUCACUCAUGUGGUAAAUCUUGGAAGCAAUCAGUAUCUUUUCUCAACAGUGGUAGAUCCGAAGGAAAUGCCAUGUUUCUGCUUGCGCCAUGAUGUUGAUGCUCUUCUCUGGCAGCCUCGUCCAGAUCAGCAAGACAAGUGGGAACACAUUUCUACUUUCAAUGCCCUAGGUUAUGUGCAGGCAUCCAAGCAGGACAAGAAAUUCAUGGCCUGCGCACCAGACCACUCAUAUUCUGCCCUUUGUGAGUGCCUGCGAAGAGUGUUCAUCUAUCGUCAGCCAACUCCUCUAACCACUGUUCUCUACAACCGAAAGGAAGGGAGACAAGUUGACCAGCUUGCUAAGCAGUUGGUAGCAACUCUGGAAACACAUGAUCCUUUUCUGGGCUUUCAAGCAACAAAUGAGAGAUUAUAUGUUCUCACAACAAAAGCUCUAUUUAUAAUAAAAGUAAGCAAUGAGAAUUAAUCACUGUCUCAUAAUGACUAAAUAUAUCAUUGAUAUCUCUGCAUUCAUAAUGAGCUCCAGGUAUGACCCCGUAACUUAGCACGAAAGUACAAAAUACCACUAUUGAGGCAAAGGUAGUACAGUAUAAUGUGUACUGUCUCCUAAAGGAUGACCAAAAUUACUUUACUGUACGUUUAGGAGAGAAGCAUUUGUAGAUUUAUUUUUCAUAAAUUUAUUAUUAUUUGCACCAAACGGAAAUUUCGCUUAGAAUCACCUUGAGAGUGUCCAUCCUACCUUCCCCCACACAGAGGUUUUUCUAACACACAGUAAUGUUUGUGAAACAGUUUUUUGUCACCUCACAAACAUAUUUUAAUCAAAUGUCUCUUAAUAAAUGGACAAUACGUUGUUUUUCAAAUUUUCUUAAAGCUUUUUAUUGUAACUGUUUCUCUUUGGCCUCCCAAAUAGUUAAGACCAUUUGGAAAAAAAAAUUGAAAUGUUCCUGAAUAACUUGCAGCUCAGUAAAUAUAUUCUAAGUAUUUUUUAUUAUUAUUAUUUUCCUUAAAUGUUUUCACUAAAUGGUUGCAUUGGCUCAUGGAACAAAUGAUACUGAAUAUGUACAUCCUCUCUUCUUAAGCAUAUUUUUAAUUGAAGCUCAGAAUUCUCAUUAUGUGCAAAUGUGGUAAUUGCAUUUGGAUUGUAUGUGGUUUUCAGAUGCAAGUCCUCAACCACUUGAGAAAUAAAGUAGAUUUUUUUAAAAAAGAAAAAGUAUUCCAGUAUUCUUUACCUUGACAUUAAAAAUGGAUUUGAGAAAAUUGAAAUGAAA